AUGAUAAAAAUAAAAGAUUUAAGGUUUAUAAUUUUAUCAAUUAUAAUAUUAAGUGGAUUUACAACAUUUUACUAUAUAAAUUUAUAUGGUACUAUUAAUGGAAUAAAAAGUGAUUUAUUAAAACCAAAUAAUAAAUUGGAAAUUGUUGAAAAAGAAAUUAAUAAAAAAGUUGUAUUUGAAAAUUGUAAAAAUGAAACAGAUGAAUCAAAUUUUUAUAAUUAUUAUCAAUUUAAUGAUAAAGAAUCAAUGAUUAAUUAUUUCCUUACCUAUCAAAAUUAUUAUUAUAUUGAAGAGUAUAAAGAUAAACAAUUUAGUAAUAGUACAAAAUAUAAUUUAUCAAAAUAUAAUUAUCCAGUGUUAACUAAACUUUAUAGUAAUUUCACACCAACUAUCAAAGAAAUUGAUAAUGAAAUUGAUUUAAUUAAAAAGAAAUAUGAUAAUGGUGAAAUUGUGGAACCCAAAAUAAAUUCAAUAACUUCUUCAACUACUUAUAGAUCUAUCAGAGCACCAAAAAAAAAAACAAAUAAAAAAAUUACCUUUGAAAAUGAUGAAACCUAUCAUAGUUUAGAAUUAAAAAAAUUUAGAUCAAGAGUAUGGUCAGAUUUUUAUUUAAAUUAUUGGAAAGAUAAAUAUUUCUUAUUAUUCACCUUAGAAAAUGGUUUAUCAUUUAGAUCACCAAGACUUUGUUUACCAUUGGAUACUUCAAAACCACUUUUAACAACACCUUAUUUAUUUUUACAUAUUCCAAAAUGUGGUGGUACAACAAUGUAUACUCACUUUUCAAAACAUUUUAAAGUUGGUACAUUACAACAAUGGGCUCAUCCAAACCCUGCGGAAUAUAAAAAAGUUCAAGAUUCUAAAAAUUUUAUUAUUGGUCAUUUUGAAAUGGGAAUACAUUUAAUUUUAAAUGAAAAAGAACAAAAAACUUAUAAUUAUAUGACAAUGUUAAGAGAUCCAGUUGAAAGAGUUAUAAGUAAUUAUUUCUAUCAUAAACAUAGUCCAGGUGAUCCACAACAUAUAUUAGCUCGUGAUAAUGUAAUUGAAAAUUGGAUAAUUAUAUCACCACGUGGUAAUAAUGAAAUUACUAGAGUUUUAUCAGGUAUAACCAUUAAAGAAGAACCAGUACCAUCCAAUGAUACCUUUAAUAUGGCAUUAUAUCAUUUACGUUCAAUGAAAUUCGUUGGUAUUACAGAGAAAUAUUCAGAGUCAUUAGCAUUAUUAAAGUUUUACACUGGUUUAGAAAAUCCAAAUGUUGCUGAUAAAUUAAAAAAUUCAAAAUUUAGACCAUAUGGUAUAACACCUGCAAUCAUUGAAAAAAUUAAAAAAAGAAAUUGGAUGGAUAUUUUAUUAUAUGAAGAAGCUUUAAAAAUGUUUGAAAGACAAAUUAAUAUUGUUGGUAGAGAUAAUUUUGAAAAACAAUUAACAAAAAAUUAUAGACAAUAG